AAUCCAUUCCCAAAUUGCCACCCAGAGGAGCGCACGGCAGAAUCAGACCGUGCGUAACAGCAGAUGAAGAGGGAGUGAUACCAUGAGUUCAUAGAGGAUAGCGCGUUUAAUUUCCUCACAUGAAGUUUGAAUUUUACGAAAAGAACCGCUUCUCCAGAUUCAGCUUUCUACUUGUUUGAGCCGUGCGUAAAACUUUGGGUAAAAAAUGUUGACAAGCGCCUUGGCAACAGUGACUGCCAUUCUGUCUUGGGGUUACUACGUGAUGGCCACGCAGGUCGCCUUCUCCAACUUCUCCAUGGACAACGAGGUGCGCUCCAGCUUCAUCCAGCGGCGGCUGCGGAGCCAGGAACGCAGGGAGAUGCAGCGGGAAAUCCUCUCCAUCCUGGGGCUGCCGCACCGUCCGCGACCGCACGUCCACACCAAACACAACGCUGCGCCCAUGUUCAUGCUGGACCUGUACAACACCAUCUCCACAGACGCGGAGCCUCACGGGUAUUCUUACUAUAAGCCCGCUUUGCCGACCCAGGCCUCCCCCAUGGUGACCUCACAGGACAGCCGCUUCCUGGAUGACGCAGAUAUGGUGAUGAGCUUUGUCAACCUGGUUGAACAGGAUCAGGAUCUUCUCCACCAGCAGCACCGGAGGGAAUUUCGUUUUGACCUUUCCCGUAUUCCAGAGGGGGAGGCUGUCACAGCAGCAGAGUUCAGGAUUUACAAGGAUUUCGUCCAGGAACGCUAUGAGAAUGAAACAUUCAUAGUCAGCAUCUACCAGGUCCUGCAGGCGCCUUCAAAUAGUGAAGUGGAGCUGUUGCUGCUGGACCAGCGAGACAUCUGGGCUGCAGAGGAGGGCUGGCUGGUGUUCGACCUGACCCCCACCAGUAACCUUUGGCUGGUCAAACCUGAGCAGAACCUGGGCCUGCAACUGGUCUUGGAGGACAGCCAUGGCCACAGGAGGAACCCCCGAUUGGCAGGGCUGGUGACAGGCACCGGGCCCCAGGACAAGCAGCCCUUCAUGGUUGCCUUCUUCAAAGCUAGUGAGGUGCGUUUCCGCAGCAUCCGCUCUGCCCAUGGCUCUAAGGGUCGCCAGUCUAACCGCUCCAAACCACAGAGGACUGUUCAGGAUGCGCUGAAGGCAGUUGAGGCUGCAACCGAUAAUCUUGGCUUUUCUAAAGAAGGAUGUAAAAAACACGAGCUCUAUGUUAGUUUCCGAGAUUUGGGAUGGCAGGACUGGAUCAUAGCACCAGAGGGCUAUGCAGCAUAUUACUGUGAAGGGGAAUGUGCUUUCCCUCUCAACUCCUACAUGAACGCCACUAAUCACGCCAUCGUGCAAACUCUGGUGCACUUUAUCAACCCGGAGACGGUGCCCAAGCCCUGCUGUGCUCCCACGCAGCUUCAUGGCAUCUCUGUUCUCUACUUUGAUGACAGCUCCAACGUCAUCCUGAAAAAGUACCGCAACAUGGUGGUCAGAGCGUGCGGCUGUCACUGAUCGCUUGUCGACCCUCCCUAUGAAUUUUACAAACCUGGAGGGAUACUUAAAAAAAGACAGAGGUGGAGGAAACAGAGGGAAGAUGAUUGACUGGGGAACUCCUGCCACCGAAUGAACUUUAUUCUGGGUAAAUGCCUCCCAUUCAGUAUUAACCACUACCACAUCCCAAUCAGAACUACUGGUCACAGAGUCGGCUGAACAAAGGAUUUACUUUUAGUGUGACUAGAAAAAGUGAACUGAGCCAUGUGGAGUCACUUUAGAAUAAUACACUACACAUUUAUCAUUGAAAUGAUCUGGAUGUCAGACAUGGGAAUAUUAAAUGUUGCCUGGGUGAAAAUGUGCAUUACACUGCUCAAACAACCCACUGCACUUUGUCUUUUGGAGCAGACUGAAUUCCUGAUCAGAAAUAAAAAAAUCCAGUUCUACUAGUCAGGUGUAAGACAUCUGGCAGCCUGUGUGUGUGCUGCUGAUGUGGAGGAGCUCUGUGAAGAAUGACAGCUGAGACUGUUAAUAACAGUGUGCCGAUGAUUGAAAGGCCCUGACUGUUGGGCCCAUAGUUUCCUGAUGUAGACAUAUAUCACUAAAGGCCUGUGAAGGGCGUACUGUCUGCAAGAUGUGAUUCAUCUUCAUGAAGCGGACACAAGGGUGUGAACCAUCACCCCCGACCACAGCUGCCUUCUGGAGUUGCACAGAGCUACAGGUGAUCGAACAAGAGGCUGUAACUUUACUAUGUCAGAUUAAACUAGUUGAAUAAAU